AUGACUUUCAAAAAUCAAGGCAAAACCGGCCAAUCGGCCGACCCCUCCGCGGACAGUUUCCUCGCAAAAAUCGAUUCGUCGGGAGACUUGGAGUGGGCAUUCGUCUUUGGGGGCGAUAUGGACGAUGUCGUACAGGACGUGGUGGUGGAUCCAGAUGGUGGCAACGUGUUUCUUACAGGCACCUUCCAGUCGGAGGUGCUUACCUUUGGCGACGCAGGCCCCCCGGUGUACAACUUGAUCUACGGCCUUGCUGACGAACCCGAAUACAACACAUACUUGAUGCGCGUAGAUGCUGAAGGUACGGUCAUUUGGGUCACACAGACGGGGGACAGCGAUGUUGGUAGCAUAGUAGUUGAUGCUGCCCGUGAUUGCCUGUUUUUAAGUGGUAGCUUUCCGGGUGAACCACCGGUAUCGGAAGAGAACGAGUCCAACUUUGGGUCGAAGUUCUCGGCAGGGCUCGAGGAUGACGACACUGAUGAUGGCAGAGGGAGCGGGGAACUGAUGGGCAAGAAAAAAGGGGGUGAUGGAUUGUUCAAGAAAGGCUCCUUGGAUAUUUAUGUGGAUCACUAUUCCUAUCGCACGGGCGAUUUGAUGUCGGGCGUUACGUUCACUGGGGAUCGAGACGACGUCAAUACGGACAUGGCCAUUCUACCCAAAUCCUCGGCGCUCCUGAUCACGGGAUACUUCUACUCCGACGUCCUUACCCUCGACGAGAUGUCCGUCCUUCGGAGCGAAAAUCCGAACAAGCGGCGGGCGGAUCCCACUGGUUUCCUCGCACGCCUGGACAGUAUUUAUGGGCAUGUCAUGUGGGGCCAGGAGGUCGGAGAGAUUGCAUCAUCUCCGCCCUUACAAGUAGCCGCGGAUGAAGCGAGUGAGUCCUUGUUUAUCACGGGAAAUUUCUUGGGUCGCAGCAUUUUGGCGCGCAGCGACGGAAAGUCGGCGGGUUUGAUCAGCCUGAGUCUUAAAACUGGAAGCAUCCAAUGGGUGAAAGCAGUCCCGGCGCCCGCGUCGAUCGUCGUGGACUAUUUGGGCUUCUUGUACAUCUCUGGGACGACAACAAAGGACACACCUUUCGGUGCAAACGGAGGGCUGAUCUCAAUUGGUUCCGAUGCCGGUGAUAUCUACGUGGCGCGCCUGCAAGCAGAGGAUGGCACCAUCCUCUUUGAUCGUUCCUUCGGAGGUGAAGGAAAGCGGGGCGCAUACUCCGUCGCGACCGUUGGGGUGGACGCAGAAAACAAUGUCUAUCUUGCUGGUAAUUACAGCAAAGGAAGCUUGGUCUUGGGAGGACAGGCCCUGGACUCCCCGGGAACGGAUGUGGAUGGCUUUGUGGGCCGCGCCGUAAUGGGAUCAGAGGCUCCAGUGUCCACACUCGCCGGACCCAAUCAGCCUGCGACUGCCCAGAGAACGAAGAAGCGAAAGAAAAUUUUUGGGAAGUCAACCUCCACCAAGGCUUCGUCCAAGAAUAGUGGGUGGUUUUCGGGGAACCUGUUCUCGCCGAGUUCGGAUUCAGCCUCUUCCGCUGCUGCGCCGUUGCCUCCCACUCCGCAGGAGACGUCCUACGACCCCGAUAGCCCCUCAAGCCCAUCAAGCUCCUCUCCCAAGGCGACCGACACGAAUGUCGCGCGUCCCUCCGCCACGACCCCAGCACAGAGUCUUCCCCCGACCUCAGGGCCGGUAGCCUCUCCCGCGGACAAUCCUAUGCCCGAAUCUGAAACCAGUCGAACCCCUGUCCGGAUCCCCACCCAUGCCCCCACGGGACGCCCUCCACGCUUCCGACUCACCUGGGCCCCAACUCCCAGCCGCCCCCUGGGCCAAGACCCUCUGUAUGGUUCCAGCGAGACUGCUACCUACUCGGACGUCACCGCCACGACCGGAAGCCAGGCGGCCAUCUACCCCUUGCCACCAGGCACGACCAACGACGACGCCGCUCUCCUCUCCCUUUUGGGCAGGGGCAAGGUGGCCUCAGGCGGGGACGACGUCCUGCGAGGCUGGGACGUGGACAUGGUCUAUGCGGGCCCGACCACGGACGUCUCGGCCUUGCAGACCGCCACCUACAACGUAGUGAAGCCGUAUGUCACGUCCUUUGUCAGCCUCCCUGUCAGUCGUCUGGGCAGCGAUCGGCGGCGCCGUGUCCUCUUGAAUCAGCGUGUACUCCCCGAUGAUGCCUGUGCCAACCCCGAGGCCCCCAAAAUCCACCUUCGUUUCGCCUUGCAAUGCUCCUCCGAUGCGGAUGCCGCACACGUGCAAGACAGCUUGGCCCAGGUGGCCAGGGGCAACCUCACACUCCGCUCCGGCCGGCGAACCAUCCCGUCCAGCUUGAUCUGUAGCUUGAACGUGACCUCUGCGCCGGUGCCCACUCCCAGCCCCACCGCGAGUCCUCAAGAGAUGGUCCCCAAAGAGAGUCCUAGAGCGAAGCCCUCCAACUCCACCACCCUUAUCCUCAAGGACGGGUCGAAGAAGGAGCCUCAGACUAAGGACCCACCGAGCAAGAACGUGUUGGGUAUAAGUCUUGUGGUAUGCCUCCUGGGCUUGGUGGCUUUGAUGGGGGUAAUGGGGUACCGUCAAUACAAGAGGGAUCGCGUGAUCCGGGCAGAGAACGACCGGCGAGAUAUGGAAUGGCUGCGGGCACGCAAGGAGCAGGCCAGACAGGACGGGAAGGAGCUUCCCGAAGACCGGAAGGCCACGCCAGAGACAAGAGGGACGCCAGUCUCUGAGAGACAGCUGCCGGUCUCCUUGACCCUGGAGGAGCUAUCGUUGGAGAGGGAGGAGGAAGGGGGGCCUUGA